GUGUUCGGCGUGGAAGAGAGAGGACGUUCGCCGUUCGCCGCCGCCGGAUCCGCAGCCAUGGCCGAGUUGUUCAGGAAUUUGACCCUUUUGCUCAUGACGGAGAAAUGCUUCGACAAGUUCUUCGUCGAGAAUGAGUUCUUGGAUGGUCCAUGUUUGGCUGCACUCAUCAGCACCUGCCUGGGGUAUGGCAUCACCCUGGGGGCCAUGAUGGUCAAACUCCCACAGAUCAUCAAAAUCAUUGUUGCCAAGAGCGGGGAGGGAAUCAGCGUUGUGGGGACGAGCCUCGAGCUUUUGGCUGCAAUGAUCACCACUUCGUAUAACUUCCUCAAGGCCCACGCAUUCAGCUCAUAUGGUGACAGUUACUUCAUAACUCUUCAGAAUUCCAUUAUUGGCUUCCUAGUGUACUACUACAGUAGUUCAGCAGUUUCAGCUGUCCUCUACCUGACAGCUGCCCUCUCGACCACAGCCUUGCUCUGCUAUGGCAUGGUACCCCUCAGCAUUCUUUGGUAUCUUCAGGCUAUGAACAUCCCUAUGGUAUUUGCUGGAAAGAUGGUCCAGGCUGUAUCCAACUACAAGAACGGCAGUACAGGUCAGUUGUCAGUGGUGACUGUCUGCCUACUGUUCUUUGGCUCAGCCUCGAGGAUCUUCACUUCCAUCCAGGACACGGGUGACCAGGUCAUGAUCAUCCAGUACUGUGUUGCCACCUUGGCCAACUUCAUCCUCCUGGCACAGAUCUACAUUUACUGGGACGUUCCCGCUGCCAAAAAGGGGGGCAGGAAGAAGGACCGCUCAGGAAGCAAUAAGAAGAAGCAGUAGAAAGUGCAAGUGGAGGUUGUACAUGUGGGUUACUCUCUGGAUUCAGGUUACUGCAGUGUGCUUGUGGGUGUCGACGUGAGUGCUAGGCCACAAGGCCUGUGUACAUAACGUUUAUAGUAACAACUGUACAUGAAUUCAUAUUAUCAAUUUACUUAAAAUUGGAAUAUUUUUUUCAAAUGUCAUUGUCACAAAAUUAGUAUAUGAAUUUUGCAGAUUGUUUUUAUAAUGACAUAUUGAGUUGAUAAUUGUUGUUGGACAUUGAUUGUCUCAUAAAGUCAAUGAAAGUGAUGUAAAUAUAAUUGUUAUUUAUGUUGUAUGUAUGCUAUGUGACUUCGUUAUUUGAGAAGUGUUCUUCAACUUCCAUUGUUCUUCCUUUGUGUCACGUUUGUCAUAGAAAUGAUUUUUUCUAUACAUGUCUUGUCGGUGUCUACAAAAGACAUUAUUUUUCUCCAUGUGUUGCUGUGUCUACAUUCCUUUGGUCCCCCUUAUGGAAAGAGGGAAUUAAAUUUUGUUUUUUAA